AUGCUGAAAGACGCCAGCGCGCGGCAGUCGUGGGGCCUGUGCGCGCUGAAUCCAGAUCACGGUGGUCGCCGGGUUGCUUCCCAUGCCACGGAGCAGCGAGAAACGAAAGUGGCUUUUACGGGGAGCAGAUUGCAGCAACAUGAUCACCACGAAGGGUUAGGGAACGGUAACAAUCAAGAAAAUGAGCUUGAUCUUUACCAUCUGGGCCCGGCGGGUAGCGUUGUGGCCGAGUAUUUGCAUGAUGAGGUCCCAGAACAUGAGUGGCCGGCUGGCAUCUCCGACCGGUAUGAGAUCCUGCGACAGUCGCGAUGUGUGGACUUUUUCUCAUUGCUGGACGAAUUUGAAACGUUUUUCCCGGAAACCACCGCAGACCUUAUAAAUUUGCUGGAACAGAACCUUGACGCCAACUUUCAGGAAGCGCGGCUUUUUUUUGCACCUCCAGAACACGACGUGGACAAACAUGCCGCCCCGCGGCGCGGUAAAGUGCAGAUCAUGACAGGAAAAGGGGGACAUGGAGGAGAAGCCUCUUCGGUCACCGUGGCAGGCUACGUGCUUUCCGCCGUGAUGCAGAGUGUGCGGCCCGAAAAGGAUGAAAAAAAUACAGCCUCCGCUGAGGAGGGAGCAAACGAACCUGGUGGAGAACACUCGCCGCGGCGACAAAACAGUUCAUCGUCAAAGCAACAGUUUUCUGGCCUUUUUUAUCCCGACGAUUCAGAUAGUG